AGCACUCACGCAGUCUGGGCUGGGUCUGCUUGCUGCUUACAAGGAGGGGGACUUUUGUAUUCAUGGUGCUGCAGUGAUAACCUGAGCAUUUUUUUUUUUGCUUUUUCAUCCUUUUUCCCUUCUGCUUUGGGCACCUGGAAGGCUCAUGUCUUUCUUAUAGACAUGAUGAGCUCUGUGCAUUUAAGGACUUUCUUUUUUCUUCUCGUCUCCGGGGCUCAGGUUUUGAUUGUUUCAUGUCAGGACGGGAACAGUGGAGAUGACUUAGGCUGCACGGCUGACGGCCAAACCUACACCAACAAGGACAUCUGGAAGCCGGAGCCAUGCAGGAUCUGUGUGUGCGACAGCGGCCAAGUCCUCUGCGAUGAGAUCCAGUGCGAUGAGCUGACUCACUGUGAGAAAGUGGUGAUCCCUGAUGGAGAGUGCUGCCCGGUGUGUCAGAGUGACUCACCCAGCACCGGAGGCCAGGGCGCUUUUGGUGAUGGUGGGGGCACGAUCUUCAGGGGUCAGAAAGGAGAACCCGGGGAUGUGCCACUUGUGACUGGAAUCAGAGGGCGUCCUGGACCUAUGGGACCUCCCGGCACUUCAGGAGAAAGAGGACCACGAGGAAACAAGGGACGGCCUGGACUGCGGGGCGCUGCAGGUUAUGAUGGAGAGCCAGGAAUUCCAGGUCAGCCUGGUGAAGCAGGACCACCAGGACCUCCAGCACACCCAGAGGGUCUGGGAUCUGUGAUGGCUGGAAUGUCUGAUAGUAAAAACGGACCUCAGGCCAUGCUGACUGGCUCAAGGGGAGAGUCCGGAGCAAGAGGACCUCCUGGGCCAAACGGCUCACCUGGUCACGCUGGAACACAAGGACCACCUGGAGAAGUCGGUGAUCCAGGACAGAUGGGUUCUCCAGGGCAGAGGGGACCAGAGGGACCUCCAGGGAAACCCGGUGAAGAUGGAGAGGCAGGAAAAGCAGGAAACCCCGGAGAAAUGGGAUUCCCUGGAUCACAGGGAUCCAGAGGAUUCCCAGGUACACCAGGACCUUCUGGACUGAAGGGUCACAGGGGCCAUGGGGGAAUCAUUGGACAGAAAGGUGAAACUGGAGCUGUUGGAUCCAAGGGUUCUAAUGGACCUACUGGUCCAUUGGGAGCACCUGGACCCAUGGGUCCUGCUGGGAUGCCAGGAGAGAGAGGACGUGUUGGACCCGGGGGUAUAGCCGGAAAACGGGGUCCGUCUGGUAAUCUUGGAAAAUCUGGCCCAAUGGGUCCUUUGGGUCUUAGUGGACCACCAGGUUAUCCUGGCACCCCAGGAAUGAAGGGACAACCUGGCCCAACAGGAGUUCGCGGUCCAGAGGGCCCUCAGGGUCAGAGAGGAGAGACCGGCCACUUGGGCAGAUCCGGACCAGUUGGCCUCAGGGGACCGAUGGGUACAGAUGGUGGUCCAGGUGCUAAAGGACCAGUGGGUAAUCUUGGUCCACAAGGUCAAGGCGGCCAUCUUGGACCCUCUGGCCCACCAGGACCUCAGGGAAGCACUGGUCAGCCUGGUAUUAAAGGACAACUGGGAGAUCUUGGUGUGGGAGGAUUCAAAGGAGAAGCUGGACCCAAAGGAGAACCUGGUCCUUCAGGAUCCCAGGGAGUGCUUGGACCUCAGGGUGAAGAAGGAAAGCGAGGAACACGUGGUGACUCAGGCUCUCUUGGGCCUGUUGGUCCUGUAGGAGAAAGAGGAGCUCCUGGUAACAGAGGUUUCCCCGGUGCUGAUGGCUUGCCAGGACCUAAGGGUGCUGUAGGAGAUCGAGGAACAUCUGGACCAUCAGGGCCCAAAGGUUCACUAGGAGACCCGGGUCGUACAGGAGAACCUGGUCUACCAGGUGCAAGGGGUCUGACUGGCACACCUGGAGUCCAGGGAGCAGAGGGAAAGCCAGGACCACUGGGUGCCCCAGGUGAAGAUGGUCGUCCAGGCCCUGCAGGGUCCAUUGGUAACAGAGGACCUGCAGGAACCAUGGGAGUGCCAGGACCUAAGGGCUUCAAUGGUGACCCAGGAAAGACCGGUGAACAAGGAUCUGCAGGAGUGUCAGGCCAGAGAGGUCCUCCUGGAAAAGAUGGAGAAGUUGGCCCCGCUGGUCCUCCAGGCCCAUCUGGUGUCGCAGGAGACAGAGGAGAGCAGGGACCUCCAGGUGUAAAUGGAUUCCAGGGCCUGCCUGGAAAUCAAGGCCCUCCUGGAGAACCUGGAAAACCUGGCGACCUAGGUAUUCCUGGAGAGCUCGGCUCUGUCGGAGCAAUUGGACCAAGGGGAGAGCGCGGGAUUCCAGGAGAGAGAGGAGAGCUGGGUUCACCUGGUCUGCAGGGGUCUAAGGGGAUCCCUGGUGCACCCGGUCCUGAUGGUCCAAAGGGCAGUCCUGGUCCUCCUGGGGCACUUGGUGACAUUGGUCCUCCAGGUCUUCAGGGAAUGCCAGGAGAGAGGGGCAUCUCUGGGCCUCCUGGGCCUAAAGGUGACAGAGGAACCAUUGGUGAGAAAGGAUCAGAGGGCACGGCUGGAAAUGAUGGAGCAAGAGGAGCCCCAGGUCCUCUUGGCCCACUUGGACCUGCUGGCCCCAGUGGGGAGAAGGGAGAACCUGGACCUAAAGGACCAUCUGGACCACCAGGAUCCAGAGGAGUGCCGGGUGCAAGAGGUGACCCUGGUCCCAUUGGGUCUGUUGGAUUUGCUGGACCUCCUGGUCCUGAUGGCCAACCUGGAGUCAAGGGAGAGCCUGGAGAGCCAGGCCAGAAAGGAGAUGCUGGAUCACCAGGACCUCAAGGCUUGGCUGGUGCUCACGGACCUCCUGGGCCAACUGGUGUUGCUGGGUUGAAAGGCGGAAGAGGAACUCAGGGUGCACCGGGUCCCACUGGUUUCCCUGGAUCUGCAGGAAGAGUCGGCCCACCUGGCCCAACUGGUCCACUUGGAGAACCCGGACCACUUGGAGCACCUGGAAAAGAGGGUCCUGGUGGUCUUCGUGGAGACCAUGGAUCUCCUGGAAGACAAGGAGAGCGAGGACCAGCAGGUCCACCUGGCAGCCCAGGAGACAAAGGAGACUCUGGAGAGGAUGGACCCACGGGUCCUGAUGGUCCCCCAGGUCCAGCUGGAACUACAGGACAGAGAGGCAUUGUGGGUCUUCCUGGUCAGAGAGGAGAGCGUGGUAUGCCAGGCCUUCCAGGACCAGCGGGUCCACCAGGAAAACAGGGAUCCACAGGAGCAUCCGGAGACAAAGGUCCCUCAGGCCCAGUUGGUUCUCCUGGAUUAAACGGACCUCGUGGUGAUUCUGGUCCUGAUGGUCCUGCAGGAUCUGAUGGCCCUCCAGGCAGAGAUGGAGUUCUUGGACAGAGGGGAGCCCGAGGAGAUGCUGGUCCAGAAGGUCUGACUGGUCCUCAGGGACUUCCUGGUACUCCAGGUCCUGUUGGAACAUCGGGUGAAGCUGGAAAGAGAGGAGAAGCUGGCUCAAGAGGACCUUUGGGUCCACCUGGCUCUGCUGGAAAGAGAGGCCUAGUGGGACCUCAAGGACCAAGAGGAGAUAAGGGUGACCUGGGUGACCAUGGAGAGCGAGGGCAGAAGGGACAUCGAGGGUUCACUGGUUUGCAGGGUCUCCCUGGACCUCCAGGCACAACAGGUGAGCAGGGAGCUCCAGGAAUCAUUGGACCAGGAGGGCCUAGGGGGCCUCCAGGACCGAUUGGACCUUCUGGAAAGGAAGGAUACAUUGGCCAACCAGGACCGAUGGGACCUCCAGGAUCUCGUGGAAUCGGUGGAGAAAUUGGACCAGAGGGCCCUCCUGGAGAGUCUGGACCCCCUGGCCCUCCUGGUCCCCCAGGACCCCCCAUGGCUGCUGUGGAUGACCUGUUUGGCGGCCUCCAUGAUUACGACUCUGGCCCCCCUCCUCCUCCUGAGUUCAGCGAGGAUGAGGCUAUGCCCAACAGCAACUCCUCCACCAUUGUGGCUGUGGACCCUGGUGUGCACGCCACCCUGAAGGCCCUCAGCAGCCAGAUCAACAGCAUGAAGAGCCCCGACGGCAGCAAGAAACACCCUGCCAGGACCUGCGAUGACCUGAAGAGAUGCUACCCCAUGAAGAAGAGCGGUGAAUACUGGGUGGAUCCAAACCAAGGCAGUGUGGAGGACGCUAUCCAAGUGCAUUGCAACAUGGACACCGGAGAGACCUGCAUCUCUGCCAACCCGCCCAGCAUACCUCGUAAAGUGUGGUGGAGCGCUUCCAGGAACAAACCUGUGUGGUUUGGAGCUGAUAUCAAUAGAGGAACACAUUUUGCUUACGGUAACAAAGAUCAGCCGGCCAACUCAGUCACAGUUCAGAUGACCUUCAUCCGCCUGCUCUCCAAAGAAGCCUCCCAGACCAUCACCUACCACUGCAAGAACUCUGUGGGCUACAAGGAUGAGAAGGCUGGAAACCUUAAGAAAGCUGUGAUCCUCAAAGGCUCCAACGACCUGGAGCUCAAAGCAGAGGGCAACAACCGCUUCAGAUACACAGUGGUGGAUGAUUCCUGCUCACAAGCGAACGGCAGAUGGGGCAAGACAGUGUUUGAGUACAGGACACAGAAAACGGCGAGACUUCCUAUUGUGGACAUUGCCCCUGUGGACAUUGGCGGCUCAGAUCAAGAGUUCGGCGUUGACAUCGGGCCCGUGUGCUUCUUGUAAAAUCAUCAUCAGGGACGCGUCGAGGAGAAUCCUGAGACUUUUGAACUGACAGCUGAUUCGAUCAGCCACAUUGUACAUACGAGUACUGAGGACUACUCUGGCCCUGUGGCAAGAUAUUUAUUGUGCCUUCAACCCAGAUCAAGACAUCAAAGAUUUGUAAGUUAGAAUGAAUGUUUGGAAUUUACUUACAGAAAAUGCUAAAUUUUUUAAUCAUUCCUCUGUCUUUUUGUAUGUUUGACUCUAAGCAUGAUGCAUUCAGUGCAAAUUCUUCCUUGUGUAUUUCAGUCCAAAGGUUUUAAACACUAACUUUAUUUGAUUGUUGUUAAACUGCCAAAGAUUUAAGAAUACAAAAGCUUUAAAAUAGUAACUGCUGUUUAUAGGCUGAAAAUUCCCACCGGAGCUACGUUAAAUGUUGUCCUGCCACUUCUAUUUUUUUUUUUUUUUUUAAUUUGUCUAUUUCUUUUUGUUCUAAAUGUUUAAAUAUAAUAAAACAUUGUGGUGCUAUUGAGGAAACAUACAGCCAAUGAUGCCUUCACUGGUGCUGGUGUGUUCCAAAGACAGUUUUAAUGAACCAUGUCUGUGUCCAGUUCUUUGAAAUUCUGUACCAAAAAACUUGGAGCAUUAAAGACACACAAUCAGACUGUCGAUUCCUCAGUGUUAGCUACCUCGUCACCGAAACUGAGAGGCGAUGACACAACAUGUAAGUCUUGUUUUCACAGGUGCUGUUCUGUAAGUAGUGUGAUCCUUGUACACUUCUCCCGGCUGCACGGUACAGGGCAGGGUGUGGGGAUACCAAUAAAGACCUUUCUGUCUACGAUGGAGAGAUGAAUGAGGUGUUGUGUGAGUGGUGUGUAGUGAUUUGUAACUCAUUUCCUUGCGUUUAAAACAUUUUUUCAGUUCAAAGUAGCACAGAAUAUUUUAUUUUAUGCAUGUCAGUUCGCCCUUCUCAGUAUCCUGGACUUAUAUGCUCUUGAAAUCCUUCUUUAUAACCAUUUUAAAGAAUAAGGUGGCUGUGAGUGCCUGUCUGCUUUGUAUUUCUUGCUAUGCAACAAAUUAAACAAAAUGCUUGUUAA